AUGGCGUCUUCGACUACGUCUUCUUCGCGAGCUAGAGCGUCUAAAGAUGCUCUUCCUCCUCGUUCAAGUUUAGGCGAAUUGGGAUUCGAUGCGGUGGUAGACCCAGUGCAGAACGGAGGAACGAACAGACCACGGACGGGAUCAGCGUCCUCCUCGUCCCACCACGCAAACGGCAGCGCUCACUUUCAAGCUCAUACGACCCCAAAUCCUUCUACAACAAUCGAAAGCCAAGCCCUAACGAUCACCCUCCUGCAAGCCAAAACGACGCACCUCCACGCCCGUCUCCUCUCCACACUCGACUUGCUAGACUCCAAAUCCCUCGACGUCGAGCGCCUGCAUGCGCGCGAGAAAAAGUUGAAGACGAAGAUGAGGGUGUUGCAGGAUUUGUGUAGGGAGAAGGAGGAGGAGUUGGUGGAGAUGAGGGAGGUUGUGGGGCGGUUGGUUGAACGUGUGGAACUAAACGGCACCCUGAACGUUAUCCGACCCGCUUCGUAUUGUACGACGGCGCUGCUGGAUCCUGUUAUUCCCAAGAAACGCAAACCGCCACCCACCCAAUCCCACUCGCACUCGCGUGUAGUGAACACCUCGAAUCAGCUAGCAGCUUCGACAUCGCGUCUCCCAUCUUCAUCUUCCUCGCCCGCCACUGCCGCUGCUCCUGGUGUUGGUGGACACGCCACUCCCGCCCGACCACGCUCGACGACGCCUACACCCCGCCGCGGUCCUAUGCGUCUCGCGCCACACCAUCUCGACGACACUGAUCACGAAGACCACACCAGCGACAUCCCGAACGUAGCCCAUACCAACGGCAUCCCGAACGACGACUCCAAUGACCCCUCAACCCAACCCCUCUUCAAAACCCUCCUCGAACAACAAAAAGCCGAUCGAGCACAUCUGGUGCAGUCGCUCAAGGACGCGCAGCAGAGGAUUGCGGUGUUGGAGGCGAAGUUGAGUAGGAGGGAGGAGGAGGUGGCGAGGUUGGUUUGUGCGGGGUGGUGGGUUGGUGGGACUGGUACGGGGGUUGGAGCUGGGACGACUGGGGUUGGGGCUACCGGGGUUGGGACGAUUGCUACUGGGGUUGGAGGUGGGACUGGUACUGGUGGGACGACGACGAACGAUCGUACGACAGCAACAAACGGAGUAGCAGCGGCCAUGACGAAUGGAAUCCCAGCUGGCAUAAAUGGUGCACUGAAGACGCCUAUCGAGGUCGACGUUGCUCAGGCGCUUGAUUGGGCUGUAUCGAGGAACAAGGCUCUCGAAGUUGAGAUUGCGGGAUUGGCGCGGAAGAUUGGGGGGUUGAGGGCUGCUACGGGUGGUGCGAGGGACGGGGGUGGGAAGGACCCCGGUCCUGCGCGUGCGAAGGAGAAGGAGAACGGGGUUGCGAGUGCGACGGAGACGAAGAAACCUGCCGACCCACGAAGACGCAUCGUCGAAAGCCCAGAAACGCCCCCUUUAUCAACGGCGACCACGAAACUCAUCUUACGCGCGUCGCAGCCUAGUUCGGGCUCGUCGUCGUCUUUCAAGGCUGUCCCGCUCCCGCCUGUCGCUUCUUCCUCUUCUUCUUUCUCGUUAACGGGGGCGUCGACGUCGUUUGAUUCUUCAUGGCACGAUAAGGACAGGGAUGAGAGGAAGGAGGAGAGGAAGACAACUCUUUUGUCCCUGAGCACGGACCUUUCGGCGUUGGAGAGACAGAUUGAUGCGUUGGCGGGUGAGAGGGAGCGGUGGGGCCUUGUCUUAAAGGAUUCGACGAGAGCAGGGGCAAGGGACGCGAGGGGAGGGAGUAGGUCUGCGUCUGCGCCUGUUCCGAUACCUACCAGCGAGCCGGAGGCGAAGGGGCAUCAUCAGCGUUCAUCGUCAAAUCCUCAAGCGCAUCAACGGUCUUCGUCGAAUCCUCAAGCGCAUCAGCGGUCAUCGUCAAAUCCUCAGUCCCAGAUGCAUACGCAUGUGAGGACGGGGUCGGGUGAGGGGGUGGCAGUGGUUAGGUCGAGGUCGAGAGCUUCGUCUGCUUCUGCGUCUGGGUCCGUAUCUGCGUCGACGGUGCAAUCGCUUUCGAGGCCUCGGAGUGCUACGCCUUCGUCGUCGUCGUCUUCGGUAGCUUCGGGUUCGACUACGGGUACUGUGACUGCGACUACGGCUACGGGGGCGGCUACGGCGAGACCUCGAUCUUCGUCUGCGGCGACGGGUCAACCGUCCUCUCAAGGUUCAUCCCCGCCUUCUUCGAGAGCGCGCUCGUCGUCAUCAGCGCAGAGUAGAUCUCGCUCGUCUUCCGCUGCGCAGGUUGAUUUACGGUCACGGUCUUCAUCGACUGUGGAUGUUGGUUCGCGGUCGCGGUCUUCUUCGACUGUGGAUGUUGAUUCGCGGUCACGCUCGCGGUCCUCAUCCUCAACUGCGCACGGUGAUUCGAGGCCGAGGAGAUCCUCUACGCCGAUUCAGAGUAGCAGUGGUCGCCGGUCGGAAACGCCUACCCCGUCUCGACCGCGGUCGAGGGUGGACGAGGAGGUUCAGACGACCGAGUCGUUGUGCGGGUCUAGUACGCCUACGCCUACGCCUACAAGUUCUCGAUAUCAGGAUUUGGCACGCGGCGGUGCUGGAAGGGAGGACGGUGUAGGAAGCCAGGAAGCUCUGACGAAGCUAAAGCAAGAAGUGGAGAUGCGGUUGGAGGGAUUGGAGGGAGAGGUUAGGGAGUUGGCUGGGAGGGUUGGGGUUGGGGGGCAUGGCAUCCGGGAGGUGCGGGAAGGGGAGACGAGAGAGGAGGAGAGGCUGCGGUUGCACGAUCUGGAUGCGCAGAGAGAGGCGCUGGAGGAGCAUAGGAGGAGGUUGGACGAACUAGAUGAGCACAGGAAACGCUUAUCGGAGUUGGACGAGCAAAGGAAGGUGUUGGACGAACAUAAGAAGCGCCUGGAUGACCUGGAGAGGGACAGGCAGAGGUUGGACGAGUUGGAGAAGGAGGGGAGGGUUACGAGGGAGGAGUUGGAGCGCGAGAAGACGCGGAUUGGGAAGAUGGAAGAGGAGAUGGAGGCGAGGUGGGAGCGGGAGAGGGAGCGUGUGGAGGUGAGGGAGAAGGAAAGGGAGGAGAGGGAGAAGGAAAGGGAGGAGAGGGAGAAGGAAAGGGAGGAGGAGAGGGAGGAACGCGACGAAGCACGCCGCGCAGCCAUCGAGCAACACCUCCAAACCCACCGCACAGCUAUCGAAGAACGACUUAAAACCGAACGGGAAGCCCUCGAGAACCAACUUAAAACCGAACGCGAAGCUAGAGAAGAGAAGGAGCGCGCUGAGCGACUCGAGAGACUGGAGCAGAAGGAUCGAGAGUUGAAGGAGAAGUUGAGGGAGAAGGAGGCGCAGAGGGUGGAGAAGGAGAGGAUGAGAGCUGAGAGGGAGAGGGAGAGGGCUGAGGUUGGGGAGUUACGAGAGGGUGUUGAACAACUUGGGGAGGGCUUCGAGUACCUUCGCGAGGAGGCGGGGCAGUUGAGGGACUUUGUCCACGCUACGAGGAUUGAUGUUGAGAGGGAUCGGGAGGAUGUGGAUCAGCUCCGAGAGGCGUUUUUGCAUCAUCAGGAGGAGUACCAUCAGAAUCGCGAGGGGGUUCAAGAGUUGAAGGAGGAGGUGGAGCGGAAUAGGGAGGAGAUGGAGAGAGUUAGGUGUGAGGGCGGGGAGCGUGUUGAUAAACUCGAAGUUGAGACGCGCGAUGUGGUGGAGGAGUUGAAGAGGAGGAUUAGGAGGGUUGAAGAGGAGUGUGAACGCCUUCGACGAUCCGAGCUGGAGCUUAAGGAAAGGUUUGAAGAGUUGAAGAGGGAGGGGCUCGUCAAUGGGGGGUCGGGAACCGUUGGUCGGGAUGAGGUUGGGGCGAAUGGACAUGCUCAACCUCAGUCUGCAUCCAGCAACGGUCAAGCUCAGCUUCAGUCGGUAUCCCAGAGCAUCCAAGCUCAGCGUCAGUCGGUAUCCGAGAAUGGCCAAGCUCAAGAGGAUGGUCGUGUGGCGAAUGGGUAUGCUCCAGGGGAGGUUGGUGGUGGUCGGGUUCUGCCUACUUGGCCGGCGAUACGUCCAAGUCCGGAGCUAGAGGACCGACGGGAAGACGAGGGUGUAGAAGAUGAGGAAGGCGAAGGUGAAGCGGAUCGUAGAAACUCGGCUGGGUCCCCGGUGGAGACAGAGCGCCAGGGGGAUGUGGAUGAUACCGGAGACCUCGGUGAACAGGAGGGGAAAGAGAGGGGUGAACGCCAGGAGCGGGAGGAAGAGGACGCUGAGCCGAAGAAAGAACGAAUCUCGGUGCAGGUCUAUGACCGACAUGGACGCCCCCCGUUUUCGCUGGAAAGCCGUGCGCAUGACGAGAGCAAGCAAACGGAUAGCUUCGACGAGAGCACCCAAACGGACGGGUUCGACGAGAGUACGGCUCGGGAUGAAGACUACCGGUAUGACGGUAGUACGACGCGCGCGCAGUACGAUGGGAGUACGAGUCAAGCUGGGUACGAUGCGAGUACGAGUCAGGCUGGGUAUGAUGCUAGUACGAGUCAGGCGGGCUACGAUGCAAGCACAUCUCGCGCCGAGUACGAUGCAAGUACCACUCGCGCACAGUAUGACGACAGCGCGAGUCGAGGUCGAUAUGACGAUAGCCGAGUUCAAUACAACGACAGCACCAGUCAAGCCCGGUACGACGAGAGCUCGAGUCGACACCAGGAGCACGAGUCCUACGACCACGAGUACGACGAGCUUAGCAACUCGCUUUAUGACGAUUUAUCGCAUUUGGUGGAUGGGGACGAGGAUGAGGAAGGGUAUGAGCAUCGGGGUUACGAAGGCGGUGGGUAUGGAGGUCGUGGGUAUGAAGGGCAGUAUCGCCGGGGGUAUGGCCGGGAGGUCUACGUGGAAGGUGGACGCGAAGUGUAUGUCGAGGACGGGUACCACGACGAGGAUGGGUAUCACGACGAUGAAUAUCAGGGCCAAUACGAGUAUGAGGAAGGAAUGGACGGAGGGGACCUUCGCACGCUUGUGCUUUCGACUAUUGAGGAGGUUUCGGAGAGGUCUAGUUCGUCGUUGGCUGUUGGGGAUCAUGGUGCUUACGGAGAUGGGGAGGAGGAGGAGGAUGGGGGUUAUGAAGAAGUCGAAGAAGCCGACGUGGAGGGAGAGGAAGAAGGGGAGGGAGGGUACUCCUACCUCGAACGAUCACCGUACUCGCAUGAAGUGGACUACGAAGAAGGCCGACAUCCCCAAAUCCGAAUCGACGUUCCGGAUGACAGCUCGCAGGAGUACCAGCGACCUACCGCUCUGGAGAACGAACGCGCUUAUUUAUCGCCUUCGACGCCUGUUCCGCAUGUGGGUUCGCCGUCGACGCCUGUACCGCACGCGCAGGAUCGAGACCGGUUGUCGCCUUCGACGCCUGUGCCGGAGCAUCAUGCUGGUGAUCGGAGCCAUGAUGCGCAGCAGCAGGGUUCGUCGAUGUAUGUUGCGUCGUCGUCGUCGCCGUUGCAUACGCAGAGGGAUGGGAGUUCGUCGCCUAUGCCUGGUGGUGAUGGCGAUGGAUCGAGCGCGAGUGGCAGGGAGAGGAGUGGAAAGGAGGUGAGGGAGGGGUCGAGAUUGGGUGUUAGUGGGCAGAGUUCCAGGUUGGGUGUUAGCGGAGCGGGAUCCUCACGCUUGGCUGAUGAGUCUAGGUUGGGUGUGUCUGGUGGAGGGUCUUCGAGGCUGGGUGUUUCAGUGGCAGGUUCCUCAAGGUUAGGUGUAUCUGCAGGUGCUUCGUCUAGGCUGAGUGCCUCGGGCGCAGGUUCGUCGAGGAACGACAGUCCCCUGCCGCCCUCUUCGCCGCCGCAGGAUACGUCGGUCUUGCCGGUUGUGACUGAUAUGUCUGGGCUACCUGUUGCGACUGACAUAUCUGGGCUACCUGUUGCAACUGAUACCUCGGCUCUGGAUCAUGGGCAUGAUGUCUACCCUUCGCCGUCGACGCACGCUUCGCCUGAAAAACGUAUUUCCCCAUCGGCGCGAGCCUCUCCUGCCACGCGAGCAUCGUCCUCGAAGCGUAUAUCCCCAACGAAGCGAGUCUCGCCAUCUAAACACGAUCCCAGUUACCGAGGUGCCUCGCCAUCCGAUAUGGACCUCGAGACACCACUCAUGCCGAUAUUGCUGUUCUCAGAGGACGAUGAUGCGUCUGGAUCCGCGUCGCGUUCUGGUUUGAGUGGCGAUGUACAUAUGUCACCACGACGAAUCGCUCGCGCCUAUGCGGACAUCGAGUCGCCUGGGAGGAGGUUCUUGCGUAGUCCACCUGACUCUCCGGAUUCUUCCGCCCCUGAUUCACCGGAGAGUGUGGAGGGAGAAAGACAUCAUGGAUCUGGAAGGAGAGACAGGGGAGAGCGAGGGAGGCGGGAAGAUCAGGAGCAUGGGGAUGGGCACGAGGAUGAAGACGAGUAUGGGCCUGGUCAUGAUUCUUCGACGUCCCUGGCUACGCUGGAAGUGCUGGGUUCGCCGUUGAUGGGUGAAGGGUUCAGUACCCGCUCGCAUAUGGCUGCUUCGUCUGGGUGGGGGGAUGGUGGAUCUAGGAGUGUCAGUGGAUAUCGGCAACCCAUUGUGGAGGAGGAGCAGGAGCAUGGACAGGCACAUGUGGAAGAGGACGAAGACCCCGAUCGACGCUCCCAGAACCGCCAUCACCAGGAUCGAUACCCCAGCCAAGGUUCAGGGCACCUUCUGGACGAACGACGCCACGAGGACGAGGAUCGGUACCUCUCCAACGACCAACCUGAAGACCAGAGUCGUGAUCUCUAUGCAGAACAUCGCGAGCCCCACCAUCGAUCUGAUCUCCGUUCGCCAACUCCUCCCCCGCCGGAAUGGCCUGUUCAUCAUGUUCGAGGGGGACGGUUCCCCAUUGACGACACCUCUCGCGGUCCACGGCUAUCUCGUUCGUUCUCUCGCUCGAGGGGACGUGGAGAUGAGAACGAAGAUGGAGAAGGAGAUGGAAACGAAGAGCCUUUGAUCGACCCUGACACCGUACCCUUCGACUUUGAUUACGGGAGCUUUGAUCCCCGCGUUGACGAAGACGGGAAUCCCCUCGACGACGAUGAAGGUGAUCGAGAUCGAUCACUAGGUGUCCUAGCUGGCCUAGGUGGUGGGAUUGGAGUCCUGGCAGAGUCGACGAGGGAGUUGGGAGGGUUUAAUUCCUUUGCGGCCGAUUUGGAGAGUUUUUGUCAUCCGAGGGAGAGCGAGUCUGUGGGUGAGGAGGAGGGGAGGUUUGAUGAUGCGCCUGAGGAGCUGGAGAGGGGGUGGAAUCGGUCGGGGUAUGCUGGGGAUCGAUCGGGGUACCAGGAGAGGUCGGGAUACUACAACCAAAGCGGAUACGACAUGGGUAACCGAUCAGGGUAUGGGAAUCGAUCCGGCUUUGACCACGGCGAUACGUCUACCAACCAGUUCGAUCGCUCUGGAUACAACCAUACCAGAAGUGUCUACGGAUACCCCUUCAACCAGAGUGCGACGGGUGAUUUCAGUUUCCAUCCUGCGAACGAGUCUACUGGGCGGCAUUUGAUGGGAGGUUCGUUUGGAGGAUCAGCUUCGUUUGGAGGUCGAUCGUUCGGUGGGCAGGGUGGUCAUCCUGUUUGGAGCACACCGAACAGGUCAGGCGGUCAGCGUCAGUCGAUGUACGCUUCGAGUGGGUCGCCUGGUCAUUACCGUCCUGGGGAAUCUCCAGGGAGGUUCUUCAAUCCCGCCAACGAGUCUACUGGUCGACAUGGCUUCAACCCAAACGAUUCACCGAGCAGACACUUCAACCCGGCGAACGAGUCCACUAAUCGACACCAGUGGGGUACUAGUCAAGGAUACGCGCCCUCGAGACCUUCGCCCCUCAAGACCACUUUCUCGGCUCCCUCCCUUGGCGGUGGGAACGGUGAACCUAGUGCCACCGGAAAUGGAUAUCUGACUGGUUCACCAGGUCUUGCUGCCCCUUCAGUCGAUCAAAACCGAUCGCGUUCGACGGGUGGUAUCUUUGGAUCGGAGGGUCUCAACUUCAAUUUCAAUCCCCUCGUUCCCCCUCCGCCUCCCACUUCUGCUCCUGCCGGAUAUGCGUCUGAAGACAAAGACACAUCGACCGCUGCGUUCUUUGGUCCAGUGUUCUCAGCUCAGCCAUCCGUUACUCAGACUCCUGCAACUCAGCCCAAUCGGAAACGAGAGCGUCCAAGUGACUCGCCUCCGUUCCAAUCUCUUGAUCAACUGGGUCAAGUAACGCUGUCGCCUUCGCCGUUCACGUUGAAGUCGCCUCUCUUCACACCCCGUUCGCCAAAUUUCAAUCCAUUGGGAAGGUUACCUGCUCUCACACCCAGCCCGUUCGCUUUGUCGCCUAUGGUUACUGGUUCUGCAAAUACCAUUCCGGGCGCGUCGGAUGGAUCGGGGAGGCUCGGAGGAAGAGGGCUAGCUGCUGGAGGUGCAUCGUCGAGUUUGGGAACCGGAGGCGCAUCGCGUCUGGUUGGGAGCGGUAGCACGAGUGUCCAACCCGCCAAUUUGAGGAGGACGGCUUCUCUUCCCGGCCAGGGCCGUACUCGGGAGAGGGAUAACCUCACGACGCCUGCGAUGGGGCUGGGCAUUGGACAUCGUGGAAAGUCUCCGGUGUUCGACUCUGGGAAUGGGAGUACCGGUGGAGCUGGUGUGUCCGGGAGUGUCGGGAAGGUGACUCGAAGUCGAAGUGGUAGUGGAAGCACCGCGGGGAAUAUGAGUGGAAAUACGAGCGGGGUGUCGAGGAAGAGGAGUGCGUUGAGCACGGGUGGAAGUAGCCCGAGUUUGCUGGGAAGUCCAUUUAAGGAGAGGAAGGAGAGGAGGCCUGGAUCUGCAAGUGGCAAGUCGUUGAGUGUGAGCGGUGAUACUGUGCCUGCUGGGCAGGAGGAGGGCUGGGUUGGGAGUGGAGAUACUGAACCUGUAGAAGAUGAGUAUAAGUAG